AUGAGGAUGCCGGGGAUGGUGAGGACGAGGAUGGUGAGGGGGAUGAUGAGGAAGAUGGUGAGGAUAAGGAGGAUGAGAGUGAGGAUGGUGAGGAGACCCUACAGUGAUGGAGGAAGCUCAAGAUCCUACAGAUAUAGAGGGCCCCCCAAGUCCUUGGGGGUCCCACAGGGUCCCCCCCCCGUGUCACCGGGUCACCCCCAGUCCCUCCAGACCCCCUAUGGCUCGAGUUCCGGCUCCCGCCGUCGUCUUGCGCUCGCGCAUGCGCAGACGCGCUCGGAGCGGCCAGGCCGGAGCGGGCGGAGGGAGCGCGAGCGCCCGGGGGACUGCCCCAAGAUGACGCAGUUCCUGCCCCCCAACCUGCUGGCGCUCUUCGCCCCCCGGGACCCCAUCCCUUACCUGCCCCCCCUGGAGAAGCUGCCCCACGAGAAGCACCACAACCAGCCCUACAGCGGCAUUGCACCCUACAUCCGCGAGUUCGAGGACCCCCGGGACGCCCCCCCACCUACCCGUGCUGAGACACGGGAGGAGCGCAUGGAGCGGAAGCGGCGGGAGAAGAUCGAGCGAAGGCAGCAAGAAGUUGAGACCGAGCUCAAGAUGUGGGACCCCCACAACGACCCCAAUGCCCAAGGAGACGCCUUCAAAACCCUUUUCGUGGCCAGAGUGAACUACGACACGACAGAGUCGAAGUUGCGACGCGAAUUUGAGGUCUACGGCCCCAUCAAGCGGAUCUACAUGGUGUACAACAAGCGCUCCGGGAAACCCCGCGGCUAUGCCUUCAUCGAGUAUGAGCACGAGCGGGAUAUGCACUCCGCCUACAAACACGCGGACGGGAAGAAGAUCGACGGCCGCCGGGUGUUGGUGGACGUGGAGCGGGGGCGGACGGUGAAGGGGUGGCGUCCCCGGCGCUUGGGGGGCGGUUUGGGGGGCACCCGGCGAGGCGGCGCUGACGUCAACAUCCGACACUCGGGGAGGGACGACACCUCCCGCUACGACGAGCGGGACCGGGAACGGGAACGUGAACGGGAACGCCGGGAACGCUCCCGGGAACGGGACCGUCGUCGCUCGCGCUCGCGGGAACGUCGUCGUCGGACGCGGAGCCGGGAAAAAGAAGAACGCGAACGGAAACGGGGCGGAAGUCGCGACCGGAGCAAAGAGCGGGAUCGGAAACGUCGCAGCCGCUCUCGCGAUCGGAAACGGGAUCGUGAUCGGGAUCGCGAUAAAAAGGACGAAGGUCCCGAAUCCCUGGAACCCCCCGAUGAGUUGGGGGGUGCCGCCGAUUCCGGCCCCCCGGACGGUUUGGGAUCGAAAGGAGAAAUGGAAGAUAAAAGCCGGGAUAGAGAUCGGGAACGUCGCCGAAGCCAUCGGGAACGGGAUCGACGUCGUGAUAGGGAUCGUGAUCGCGAUCGGCCGGAUCGGGAACACAAACGGGAACGGGAACGAUCGGAACGACGGGACGAGCGGCCCCCCGGCCCCGAGGGGGGGGAUUCCCUGGGGGAAUCCGCUUCCGACCUCUUCCUCCAGCCCGAAGCCCUGCCAGCCCCUGACGGCUACCUGGGGGCUGAGAAUGGCUACCUGCUGGAGCCCCCCCUGGAAUGAGGGCACCCCAAAUUGGGGGCACCCCAAAUUCCUUCCCCUCAGCCUGCUUUUUGCGCGCCCCCCCCCCCCCCCCCCCUUUUUUUUUUCCCCUCUGGCAAUAAAGGUGUUUUAAUGGAA